AUGCUAACCAAGUUACCAUCAGAAAUAUAUGAUCGUGUCUUAAGCCUACUUCCACAGCAUGACAAAGUUUCCUUAACAUACUUGUCUCACAAAAUAUAUGAUUUAACACUGCCGAAACUAUAUCAAAAUCUAUACCUGAAUGAUCGAUAUUAUUUCCCAUCUGAUUAUGAUCCAUCUUUGGGAACUCAAAAAUGGUCUAUAUUAAGAUUCUCAUAUAUUGAAACAAAUGAUAAAUCAAAAGAGUUUCAAAUGAAUUAUGAUGUGGCUGUCCAUAAGUUCCAAUGUUUAGUCGACACUUUAAAAAAUUCACCUAACAAAAUAUGCCCUUAUAUCAAACGUAUUCAUACCACUUGGCAUAUUGAUGAUGAUACAUUACUACUAUUCUUGGAAACUAUAAGAAAGUUUGCCAUCAAUUUACAGAGUUUUGAGAAUUUUUUGAAAAAUCGUGUUAGUGAUGAAUUGGAAUCCAAAGCAGAUAACUUACAAUCACUGACUAUAAUACCUCCUAAGAUUUUACCAACAGGUGUUGCAUCUCCAUCAUAUUUUAUUCGAAUGAGAAAGAUAAUUAAUCUUUAUUCUUUUGAUAAUUUACAAAAGUUAAACAUUCAUGUCAAUGCUUGUACUUUUUUCAAAGAAAAAGUUAAAAAACCUCUAAGGAUUGAAUCUCUAACUCUCAAUCUAAGAAGUGACACUUAUGGAGCUGAAGGUUUACAAAAUCAAGUAUCAUAUUAUGACAUAUUUGAUAUUGCGUCUUUAAAGGAAUUAGAAAUUUUAUCAUGGUAUAAUACUAAGGAUUCUGAUUUGGAUCUAUACCAAAUGUGGAAUUUAACUGAUUUUUAUAAAUUCCUUAAUAUCGAAAUAUUAAGUUUGUUAUCAAUUAACUCAAGUGAAUCUUUCUUAAAAGAAUGUUCGAACAGUUUUCAUUCAUUGAAACGAUUGAAAGUCGACUUUCUACUAGAUAAGACCUUAAGCCAACCAUUGGUAAACCAUAUUGCCAUGUCACCUGCCGGUAAGUCUUUGAAAUAUCUUGAUAUUAAAUUUGAUCAAGUGAAUAUCAAUAUUCCAUUGCUCUCAGUAGAACAAGUCGAUGAGUCAUGGCAUUUUAAAAUAGAUAUGAAUUGUAAAUGUGAAUCAUGCCAUGAAACUUUCAGAAAUGUAAUAUUAAGAAAAUAUUUUCCUACUACUAAUUCUUUCAACGUUAAAGAUUCUUAUGAUAUUGAAACAAGAAAUUUUAUUCUUCACAUGUUCAAACUUUAUCCAAUCUUACCGCAUACACAUUUCAUAGAUAUCAAUCCAAGUCUGGGUUAUAAUUGCAAACCACUUGCGAGCCAUGUUCUCAAUAUCAACACUUUAUUAAAAUAUAAUGAUUGUAAUAAUACGACGCUAAAGAUAACAGAGACGGACAUAAUCAAACUUUAUCAUGCAUAUUUACAUUCAUUUAAGAAAAUAUUCGAUUUCUUCAUACAAUCAUUUGGGAACUUACAAUAUCUUGUUAUAAACGAUUUACCAACGAAAAUCAUUCAAUUUGAUGAACAACAGAAAUGUGCCAUGCCUUUAUUCUAUAGUCAUGGGUAUAAAAGCAAUCAAGUUUAUGAGAUUGUUAAUGAUGAUUCUUUAUUUGAUUAG